AUGUUCGAUGAUGCCACAUAUCAUACGAUGUGGAAAGAAGCGCAGAACCAGAGUCGGACCAUGGUGAUGAAGGAAGGACUGGAGAUCACAACCAUGAAACAGGGACAUUGGAAAGUACUAGACGUUUAUGGGAGAUGGUUGUGGUGGUGCGAUAACAGCAGAGGAGUGAGAACUGAGAGCAUAGGUCGAUGUCAUGAUGAAGUAAGAACCGGAAGCUACAAGAAACUAUUCAAUCCCAAAAAUCUCAUCUCCGGUAAGGAGGAUGCCGCCAAUAACUUCGCCAGAGGACAUUACACCGUCGGGAAAGAAGUUGUGGAUCAGUGUUUAGAUCGGGUGAGAAUCUUAGCAGACAAUUGCAGUAAUUUGCAAGGGUUUAUGAUCUUCAAUUCUGUGGGUGGUGGAACUGGCUCUGGUUUGGGAUCAUUGCUCUUACAACGCUUGUCUAACGAAUAUGGAAAAACUCAGAAAAUUGGGUUCACGAUCUAUCCAUCUCCCAAGGUUUCGACUUCAGUUGUGGAGCCUUACAAUGCUGUGUUAUCGACUCAUUCAUUGAUUGAACACACAGACAUUGUUGUGCAACUAGACAACGAAGCCAUAUAUGGGAUCUGUAAGAGAGCGUUGGAUAUGGAAAAGCCAACUUACAGGAACUUGAAUCGAUUGAUAUCUCAAACGAUUUCAUCUUUAACAACUUCCUUGAGGUUUCCUGGGUCCAUGAAUGUUGACAUUUCCGAAUUCCAAACGAAUUUAGUCCCGUUCCCGCGGAUUCACUUCAUGCUUUCAUCAUACGCACCAGUGGUUUCAUCGGUGAAAGCCUAUCACGAGCUGAUUUCAGUUCCAGAAAUCACUAACGCCGUGUUUGAUCCGUCGAAUAUGAUGGCGAAGUGCGAUCCACGGCGGGGUAAAUACAUGGCUUGUUGCUUAAUGUAUAGUGGAGACAUUGCUCCAAAAGACGUUAACACGGCCGUCGGAGCCAUCAAAACCAAAAAAACGAUUCGAUUUGUCGAUUGGUGUCCGACGGUAUUCAAGUGCGGGAUAAACAACCAGGCUCCGUCGGUGGUUCCUGACGGAGAUCUGGCGAAGGUGAAACGAGCAGUGAGUAUGAUCAGCAACAACACGGCGGUGUCAGAGGUUUUCAGUAUGAUCAAUCAUAAAUUCGAUGUUAUGUUCGCGAAACGAGCGUUCGUUCAUUGGUAUGUCGGUGAAGGGAUGGAAGAAGGCGAGUUCUCGGAGGCGCGUGAAGAUCUUGCAGCUCUGGAGAAAGAUUACGAGGAAGUGUUGCAAGAUGGCAUGGAAGAAGAUGAGGACCAAGGAUAUUAGUACUAACUUUCCAUGGCGGCAAAUCUCACGUAAAUGACUAAUAUGUCCUUGGAUAUGGGCGUCAAUAGUAUAUACUUAUAUACCUGCUUAAAGAUGACAUUAUGUAACCUCUAUAUAUUUCUUUAUAUUAAUUAAUUUGGGUU